AUGGAUGAGCUAGUUCAGAAAGCCAUCCAGCAGUCUGUAGCCCAGAAGAAGCCAUCGGAGCUCAUUCCAUGGAAGGCCGACGAGCCAUGGCCACAGCCCUAUUACUCUUGGGACUUGGAGAGCGAGGUCUGGCAGCCCAUCAAGCCAACACGGGGAACGUCUCCGACUAAGGAUGAGGCGGAAUCCUCGGACAUUACCACCAUAGCUCUGUAUAGCUGGAAUAUCGACUUCAUGUUGCCGUUCGCAGAGGCACGGAUGAAUGCAGCUUUAGCCCACCUGGAGAAACUCACGGAAAGCUCGGGCUCCACCACAGCCGUCGCCAUAAACCUGCAAGAGUGCAACCCCUCCGACCUCAUCACCAUCAGCCAGAAGCAGUGGGUCCGGGACAGGUUCUACAUCACAGACCUGGACAUCUCCGCAUGGGCGUCUGGCCUGUACGGCACGACCAUGCUCGUUGACCGCCGCCUGGAGGUAGGGCCAUGUUUCCGGGUACACUACUCGGCAACGCAGAUGGAGCGUGACGCACUCUUCGUCGAUGUCACGGUGCCAGCGACGUCCAAGACGGUGCGGCUGGGCAACUCGCAUCUCGAGUCUCUGGCCCUCGACCCCCCGAUGCGGCCCGCGCAGGUGGCCACCGCCGCGCCGCACCUGCACGCGGACGGGCUGGCAGGCGCCGUCAUCGCGGGCGACUUCAACGCCGUCCAGCCGUUCGACGCCGCGCUACACUCGGAUAAUGGCCUCAAGGACGCCUACCUCGAGCUCGGUGGCCAGGAGGGCGGUGAAGAUGGGUUCACGUGGGGCCAGCAGGCGCUGCCGGCAUUACGGAAGCGUUUUGGCUACUCCAGAAUGGACAAGGUGUAUUUCUGUGGCGCCGGUAUCAAGUUGCAGAACUUCGAGAGAUUUGGUGCCGAUGUCGAGGUUGAAGAGGAGAAGAAGAGGCAGAAAGAUCGCCUGCUUGCUCUCGGCUUCGAGAAGGCUUGGAUCACUGAUCACCUGGGCAUCAAAGCCACGUUCAGCCUCAAUAGUGAUACUCAUCUAUAG